GAGAGAGAGAAGGAGGGCAGCCAGGGCUUCAGCAGGGCGCUGCCCCGUGACCCCUCCCGCCCCGCCGCCUGCUGGGAGGACUCUGCGACGCUUCGGUCGGCUGGGAGGGAAGGACGCGGGCUGCCCUGCCGGGCUUACUGCAGGGCACUCCCGUCCUCCGUGCCACUGCCCCCUACAGGGCGGCCGGAGCGUAACCACACACACACACACACACACACACACACACACAAAAGCGGCCAUGCCGCCCUAGGAUUGGGCGGAAUGCUGCCUCAUUCAAUCUGCCGCCCCAAGCACCAGCUUGCUCGGCUGGUGCCUGGAGCUGGCCCUGCCCCCAGGGAUACGUGUACCCCUGGUUGAGAACCACUACUCUACUAGUCUAAAUAAGAGAGCCAGCACUCAAUGAACAAAUUCAUUGAGCAAUAUAUUAAAGGCUGUUUCAGAUGAUCCAUCCUGUGUUCAUCUGUUGAACUUUCCAUUUCCAUGGUACACAACAAAAAGACAAUCCGUGUUCAUCAUCUUGCUUUAUACACUACAACCCCAUUUGUUCAAAAGGUUUCAUAUUAAUGAAGAUAAACUAGUUUAUAAACAACAGGCUAACUGGCCACGAGUUUUGUAGAGGCUGAACUCUGGACCUGAUCUCAUUUACAUUAGUGUAAAUCAGUAGUGAGUCCACUGAAGUCUUCUGAAUUACGUUGGUAUAAAACUGGUGUACGAGAGUUCUGAAUUAGCCCUUUUGGGUGCACAGUUCCAAGAUCCUAUUGCUUGCUGGAUGUUAACUCUCAUUCACUUCAGGUAAUUAAAAUAGAUCCUGAGCUGUAAUCUAACCCCACUAUACCACUGUGGCACAGGACGAAAGUGAGAAAGCACAUGGAUUUUCCUAUCUGAGGAUUCCCUUAUUGUCAUUUACCGUUGCGGUUUCAAUCUUCAUAAAAGAGGAAAUAGCUUUACACAGAAGGAUGAUUUCUCACAACAUGACAUGGAUAAGAUAUCCAAGCCAUAGCUUCGACCCAUCUAUCAGAAUAGAAGACCUCAUAGUUUCUCAAAAUGUCAUAUCAAGAUUUAUGCACUGUUACAUUGCCUUCUUUGUACCAACAGGUUUAAUAGCUGGCAUAUUUAUCCUGACCGUCUUCAUAAAGAACUAUUUGCGGGAUAGUGGCUUGGAAAAAUUAGACAUAUUUCUUUUUUAUUUCACCAUCAGCAAUAUUGUAAUGAUAUUUUUUUCAUUUACUGUCAUAACUAGACCUGACUAUUUAAUGGCAACCCAGUUAGAGUGUGGAGCUCUGUCGUUUUUUUUCAACGUGAGUUAUUUCAAUUCUCAGUAUCUUCUGAUUUUGAUGCUUCUUGCUUUUUUAUUCAGGAGAUUCCCACCAAGGACAGUUUUGAUGACCAAAGCAACUCAAAGUCCAAUGUUAUGUGUUGGAUUUGUACUAACAUGUGCCUUCUGCAUAUCACUGGUAGUGGUGGCUUUGCUAGGCACAGAUAACUACCACAAAGAAACAGCCUGCCAGUUAGAUCCAUUAUUCGCAUGGCCUGAAUAUGAGAUUAUUAAAUUCAGCUUUGGGUUUGGAAUUCCAUUGUUUUUCCAGAUACUCUGUUUUAUUCUAUUUUUUGUUAAAGAAGCACAACCAGAAGCUCCAACCCAGAGAGAGAAUAUUCAAGCUUAUCUGGCUGUGCUGACUAUAACCAUAACAAUGUUUGUAUGCCGUCUGUUUUACAACACUAUGAUUCUCUCCAGGACUACAUUAAAGAUACACAAAAGCAUUGGAACCCCCAAGAACGAGCUAAUGAUGAAUAUUGCAGAGAUAGUGUUGUUUAGUGAGAACUGCAUUAGUUUGAUAUUCAUACUUUGUCUUCAUAAACCAUGCCAGGCUGGAAUACUGAAAAUCCUAAUGAAUCUCAGAAAAGUUUGCAGAAAAGAUACUACCAACAAUCGUCCUGAAAUACCAGUAACAGAUAUACAUGGUGAAAAUGGGUCUCACUGAUUUCCCUCCCCAUGCAAAGUAUUGAAACAUUUUCACUUGUUUUAUCAAGAACUGUCCAUUGGUUUUGGCCCAAGACUAGACCUACCUUACAAAUAUCUGAAGAAAAAUGUUGUUUGGGACCUACCAUCAAGGUUUUUAAAAUGAAAUGGUUUAUGUUGGAAUUUCUCUAAACCAAAACAAAAAGUCUAACACAUACUGAUGCCAGAACAGCAUGCUUUCUUGAGGACUUCGAUGCACAAGCACGGAAAUAAACAAAAGCACAGCAAAAGCAUCUUUACCAAAGACAAAAUCAGGAGGGAAUGACAUUCUGUUUUCACAACUGUAUUUCCAUGCAACUGGAAUUUAGUGUACUAGAGAUGGACAAUAGUUAUGUAUUAUACAAAUAAUGGCUAAUUCGAAGGGCCAUGGCAGUAAAAUAUGCCCCAAGAGUGAAAAAAGUCUUGAAAUUGUGAUAUUGGCAGAACUGUGAUAUAUUGUAGAUUAUUCCAUAAUUUAAAAAAAAAACAAACACAGUGCUAACCUGAGAACAUUCUCUCCCCUCCAUCCAUCCUCCCUCUUGGAGCCCAUCAGGGGAUUUUUUGCCUUCAUUCCCCUUGUGGACAUAGUAGUCUUUUGAGAGAGAGGAGUAGAGCUCCAAGAUUGUCUAUUUAUCCACGAUAGCCUUUGGAGAAGUGGACAAGUUAAAAUGUCUCAAAUACAAGGCAACUCUGGACCGAAGGGAAGACUUCAGGACCCUCAUGAGUCACAGAACUAGGACAGAGAAACAGGAUGGCAAAUUAAGCCCGUGUAUAAGAAUGCAGGAUUUUUUGUUGAUGACUUCAAUGCACAAGCACAGAAAUGCUCAAGGUGCUAUAAACUCAGCAUUAAGACUGA